AUGCCCGCCCCGGACCAAAAGGCUCUGCUUCUGCAGGCACUCGACGCUGCGGCUGACGCGCACAUCCGUCUCUUGCAGACCUUUGUGCAGACCCCGUCGCCAAACCCGCCGGGCGACACGCGCGCCGCCGCCGCCGUGCUGACGGCCUUUCUGGACAACCACGGCGUGCCAUACGAGAUUGUCACCCCCAGCCGAGACAACGGGGCGAACGACGAGGUGCGGUACCCCAAUAUUGUCAGCGACUUUGCGGGCGGGGCCGGCCCCGGUCCCCGCCUCGUCUUGAACGGCCACAUUGACGUCUUCCCCGUAGACCCGGCGUCGCGCGGCCAGUGGACCCACGACCCGUGGUCGGGCGCCAUUGAGGGCGACCGCAUCCAUGGCCGCGGCGUCGUGGACAUGAAGCUGGGGACGGCGGCGCUGCUCGUGGCGUACGUCUUUCUGCACGAGCGGCGGCAUCUGUUGCGCGGCAGCGUCGCCUUUUGCGGCGUGUCGGACGAGGAGACGGGCGGCCAAUGGGGCACGUCGUACUUGGUCCGGUCGAACCGGCAGCGCUGGGGCGGCGAUGUCAUGCUCGGUGCCGAGCCCGUGGGCGUCGGCAGCGUGCGCUUCUCGGAAAAGGGCACGCUGCGGAUGCGCUGUGUGUGCGCGACGGCGGGCGCCCAUGGCGCCUACACGAACCUGAGCCAGGGUGCCGUGCGGACGGCCGCCGCGUUCCUGGGCGACGUUGUCGCCGCUGUCGAGGGCCUGGACGCCGCGGCACGGCUGCCGCCCAGCAUUGUCGACCAGCUGCGGCGCCCCGACGUGCGGCAGCGCAUCGACGACAUCAUGGGCCCUGGCACGGCCGACGUGAUUGCCAAGCCCACGGUCAACAUUGGCACCAUCGAGGGCGGCGUUGGCUCGGCCAUCAACAUGAUCCCGGACACGUGUCGGUUCUCGCUGGACAUUCGCAUGCCGGUCGGCCUGACGCGAGACGACGUGCUGCCCGUCAUCGAGAAGGCCACGGAAAAGUACAAGCCGGCCGCGUCGUUUGUGCUGUCGGUCGUCGAGCCAGCGAGCAACCCGGCCAGCGUGUCGCCGCUGGGCCAUCCGGUGCUGGACUUGCUGAUUCGCAAUGCCCAUGGCUUGGCCCCGGGCGACCCAGCACCGCUUGCCAUUCCGUCGAUGGGCGCCACCGACUGCAAGCACUACCGCUAUGCCGGCAUUCCUGCCUACAUCUACGGCGGCAGCCCCAAGACAAGUAAGUAA